UUCGCUUUGGAGCCGGCGGCUGGUUAUCUCCUUUGCCUGUACCAAGACAGCCUCCGAAAGGUUCUCCCCUCUCGGGCGUGUCAGAAAUGCGAGCCAUUGCGCCUGCAGUGUGAAAGAGCCACGUCUGCCGUGUUGAGUUGCGCUACAGAUACAAGGGCCUCCACCAAGGAUUACCCGUAGAAUAACCCAGUUACCCUGAUAACGAACUACACACUCGAGGAAUUCUCGAGGAAUGCAGGCUUGACCACCAGGUCUCUACUCUUCGAAAUUGUGACCGCUGUUAUCAUCAUCAUCAUCAUCAUGGCUGGAAUCUUCACAGGAUCAUCACAGACAUUAUCGGAGAACGAGAGUGCCACAAGCAGCACAGAAGAACUACGCAGAAAUGAGGAGCACAUUACCACCGAUGCUCAUCUGGAACUGCAGCCAACAGUAACUCACGUAAUGAGGGCAUUGGAUACACCUGAGGAUAACGACACAGAUAUAACCGCAUCUCCUGACGCCUCGCCGCCUGACUCCACUAUUGCAGGGUUCGAGGGACACGAAUGUCUACAGCAAAAAGCAAGAGCAGUCAGCAUAGAAAGAGAGGUAUCGACCUGUUCGAUCCAAGUGGACUCAGGAGUGAUAAGAAGAGGCACGGGCGUCGUCAGAAUACCUGAACAACAUCCGGAGGAUGGCUUGUGGUACGACAUGCCAAAUGAGAAUGGAGCUCGAAAGGUCGGAAAAUGUGUCAUCUUCGACUUCUUAAUGACUGAUGGAGAGCCUGCACGAAUUCGAACCGCGAAAGACGAAAAGAGGAUACGAACGCUCUUUGAAGGACAGCUUGGAUUUGAUGUUGAUGUGCAUGAAAACCUCAAAAAGGAGGCGAUGAUCAAAACGCUUGACAAGUUGGCUGGCGAGGAUCACUCAAGUUCAUUCUGCCUCUGCUUGUUCCUGCUGACCUACGGGUACGAUGAUGUCAUAAUCUGCUCAGACGGCCAAAGAAUUCAACUGUCCGAGGUGUAUGCUAAGUUCGACCCGGGGAACUGUAAAGGUCUGGCUGCUAAACCUAAAUUGUUUUUCGUUCAGGGUUGCCGCGCUGGUUGGAUGGGCUUUCAGGGCCGACAUAACAAUAACGAGUGGAGCUUCACAAAAUUGCUUCCCGGAUAUGAUCAUUUCUUUGGCUUCUAUGCCACAAACCCCGGUCAGCACGCGUUCAGCGACGAAAAUCACGGAUCAUUCUUCAUUCAGACGCUCUGUGAAGUCCUGGAGAAAAAUUUCCACCGCAUGGAUUUCGAGACCAUGAUGAAAUGUGUCACGGAUCAGAUGGGAAACAAGGAGACUCCCAUACCGCACGAAACGGCCAAACAGAUUCCGAGCCUAUAUCAUACGCUGAAGAAGAAAUUACGCUUUGCGUGUCAGAUACCCAGUCCGAAAACGGGAGGAGACUAUUGAACCUCUUCAACUUUGCUGUAAUCCGUGUUCAAUAAAGUAGCAGUAGUUCUGCCAUUUGCUCCUA